AUGCAGUCGGAGGAGUUUCUCGACAUCGGGCGCCACUGCAAGGAGCCAAGCUGCAACCAACUCGACUUCCUCCCCUUCUCCUGCCCAUCAUGCCACGAAGACUUCUGCGCGGACCACUGGCGACCUCCAGCAGGUCACAAGUGCCCGAAGUUUGACCCAGCAAAGGCGGACAACCGGAUACCCUCCUGCCCGCUCUGCUCAGCACCUGUCUCCUUCCCACCCGGCACCGACCCCAACAUCGCCAUGGACGCACACCUCUCGACCGCUUGCCCAAUCCUGAACCCCUCACUCGCCUCAAAGCCCGCCGCAAAACCAGCAAACGAAUGCUCCGCCCGCGGAUGCAAGACAAAGAUGAUUGUGCCGAUUGCGUGCGACAAGUGUGGCUUGAAGCAUUGCCCGAAACAUCGGUUUUCGUCGGAUCACGGUUGUCGAGCGCUGCAGGCGGGCGUUGCGAACGGCAAGACGGGUGAUAAGGGCGGCGCGGGCGUCAAGAAGGCUUUCGGAGGGCUUAUGAGCAAGGCAGCGGCAUCGACUCGCCAACCCGCUUCGGCGAACCUCGCGGGACUCGCUGCCCUGCGCCGCGCUCAACAAGCCAAGUCGACUCCUCGCGCGCCUCCCUCUGCCGCCAAGUCAGUCGCGACAUCCGCGCCGCUUGGCUCAGCCGCCAACCCCCUCGUUCUCGACUCGUCAGACGGUGAUGACUCGGACGUCCAGAUCCUCUCGUCCAAGCCGGUGAAGGGUUCGGGACCGGCAGCAGGAGGAGGAGGUCGGAAGAAGGCGCUUGCGUCUGUUGGGAUUGCGAGCAAGACGGAUAAGCGGGCGAUGGCGGAGCAGGAGAGUCGGAGAAAGGCGCUUGAGGCAAGGGCGAAGAAGGGUUUGUUGACGGAGACGGAGAAGCUGCAGUACGCGACGAUGCAGGCUUUGGCGGUCAAGAAUGGCGGAAAGAGCAAAGGCGGCGAGGGGUGCCAGCUCUCCUGA